AUGUCGACGAAGACGGAGCCCACCCAGAAGCAGUUCGGCAAGGGGAGCCGGACGGUCCCUCACCACUCCCAGAAGGCUUCCAAGUGGUACCCUGCGACCGACGACAAUGGCCCCAAGGCGGUCCGCAAGGCCGUCCGCCCCUGGAACCCCCGAAAGUCCCUCGAGCCCGGUACCGUCCUGAUCCUGCUGGCCGGUCGUUUCCGCGGCAAGCGCGUCGUGCUCCUCAAGAACCUCGACCAGGGUGUUCUCCUGGUCACUGGCCCCUUCAAGAUCAACGGCGUUCCCCUCAGGAGGGUCAACGCCAGGUACGUGAUCGCCACGUCACAGAAGGUUGAUCUGUCGGGUGUCGAUACCGGCAAGAUCGACGAGGUUGCCGCGCCAAACUACUUCACCGCUGAGAAGGCCAAGGAGAAGGCUGGCGAGGAGGCUUUCUUCAAGCAGGGAGAGAAGCCCGAGAAGAAGCAGGUCAACAGCACCCGGGCAGCGGACCAGAAGGCAAUUGACAAAGCUCUGAUUGCCAACAUCAAGAAGGUCGAGUUCUUGGCCUCGUACCUCGCCACCUCCUUCAGCCUGCGCAAGGGCGACAAGCCCCACGAGAUGAAGUGGUAG